AUGACCCCUGCUUCAGACGCUAACUUGGAUACAUUUGAAAACGGAGACGUGUACCAAAGAAAGAGAGGCUCUCACUCGACCAGUGCAGAAGCAGCAGAAGCAGGAAGUAAACAGCAGGAAGCAUCAGAACGAGCGAGCAGCAGCUGGAGGCGCGUUCUUCUCCUCAUCCUCGCCAUCACCAUCCACAACAUCCCAGAGGGGCUGGCAGUGGGAGUGGGAUUUGGAGCCAUAGGAAAAACCUCCGGAGCCACGUUUGAGAGCGCCAGAAAUCUGGCCAUAGGAAUCGGGAUCCAGAACUUCCCAGAGGGGUUAGCGGUCAGCCUCCCUCUGCGGGGGUCCGGAGUGUCCACCUGGAAGGCCUUCUGGUACGGUCAGCUCAGUGGGAUGGUGGAACCGGUGGCAGGGGUCCUGGGCGCCGUGGCGGUGGUUCUGGCGGAGCCUCUGCUGCCGUACGCUCUGGCCUUCGCUGCAGGAGCCAUGGUCUACGUGGUGGUGGACGACAUCAUCCCUGAGGCUCAAGUCAGUGGGAAUGGGAAGCUGGCCUCGUGGACCUCCAUCUUUGGCUUCGUGGUGAUGAUGUCACUGGACGUCGGUCUGGGUUAG